AUGAGAGGGAAUCUAAUUCGCGACAAAAUUUCGUCCUUUAAUCCAGCCUCCAUUACAGCUCCGCCUCACAAAGCAACGAGGACCGAUUUGAGGCAGUGUAAACUGAGUCAUUUCGGGACGGAAUAUCAAGGCGAAAAAGGAACGACGGCAGGUGGAAUACGCUGUCAAUCUUGGAGCACGAAAAAUCCAGUUCACAAAAUAAGCUCCAAAAUCAAGAGCACAAAUUUUCCUGAAAGGUCGAUGAAAAUGGCUAAAAAUUAUUGUCGCAAUCCCACCAACGAUCCCAAAGGUCCGUGGUGUUACAGCAUGGACCCGUCGUUGAUCGACGACGAUUGCGGAAUUCCGCUCUGCAAUUACGGAGAGUGCAGAAUCUCUGGGACAGGGGCCGAAUACGGUGGAACGAAGAAAGAUAAUCUUAUCACUUACAAUCCCUUUACCUCGUUGAAGACUAAAAAGUUUCCAAACCAAAACUUCCCUGAACUUUCACGAAAUAAGGCGAAAGCUUUUUGCCGUAAUCCUACCGACGAUCCUGGAGGACCUUGGUGUUACGUUGAGGAUGAGAAUCUCGAAACCGUGGGAAAACAGUACUGCGACGUCCCUUUCUGCGACGACAAAGGUCCGAGAAGAUUUACGGGCUCGAACGCCGAAGCGAGACUCCUGUUGAGUCUUCUGCCAAUUCCAACGUCCGCGCGAAAGAUCGCUCAGGACUGGAGAGCCGGGGUGGAAAUAGUGAUAUCGAACAAAGGGAGUGGCCAGGCACUGCCGUCGGUCGGGGAUGAGCAAGAUUUCAAAAAAACACCGAACAUUGUUCUCUGCUCGAAGUGGACCGGAUUGUGGAUAAAUUGGGGGGGUGGGUUUAUCUCCGUUGGCUUGCACGGUGCCUCGAGGCCGUUGUUCACGGAUGAGUAUAAGAAGAAAAAUACUAUUUCGAGACUUUACCUGGACAGUUUCCUUUAUUACGGUCUCAUGGGAACGGGUGUGCUGUGGAGCACGGAAUUUUGUCAGGAAAAGUGCGAAGUCCACACGACCUUCGGAGCGGACUAUCUUCGAAUGUGGCCCCUCCAGCCGAGAAACACGACUUACGACGUUCGUUUUCACGUCCGAGCUAGCAACAAUGCCAUCAUAAAUUUGUACAAAAGUCCCGGGUUCCUGUUUCCGUCCUACGCGAUUACGAUUGGGAAAGCGCAUACAGUGACGUUGACUUAUCAGAAGAGUGAGAAAUCAACGAAGCAACAUUUGAAAGAUGUGCCUGCCAAGGGUCUGCUCGAUUUUUGGGUUUGGAAAGAAUUCAGCAUCAGCAUCUUCGGACCCCAUUUGCAGCUGUUUGCUGAGCAUGCUCACAGGAGCGAAGAGAUUUUUUACUUCAAAGACCACGCAUUUGCGGCGAUAAGAUGGUUCAGUGUCGGCAGCCCGAACAAUGUAGCAAUGUGGACAUUUUUUUGCUCUCCUGAACCCGUGGAACCUCCAACGCCACCAAAUUGCAUCACGAAUCUUGACGAUUAUAAUUACAGAGGCUUCCAAUGGACGAGUGUCAACGAACUGCCCUGUGCUCCAUGGAUUUCUUCGGAAGUUCCAGAUGACGAUAAAAAGAACAAAUUGUUCAUCGAUCGUUCGGCCUUGAAGGCGCUCAGUAAAUGCAGAAAUCCAGGACGAGACCCUAAAGGCCCUUACUGCUAUUCCAUGACCCUGGAAGACCCUUCAACCCUGUCGAAACAAUAUUGUCCGAUCAGGAGUUGCAGAUCUUUAGAGUGUCGAAUGGCAGGCACAGCAAACGAUUACAUUGGUAAAUUAUCCACGACCCGAUCAGGACGAACCUGUGCCAAGUGGAUGAACAGAUACGCGAUUCACCCUGUGAAUCCUCAGUACCUCAACGAUUCCCUGUAUCCGGAAGGGAGCGUGAGAAACGCGAGCAAUUAUUGCCGCGACCCUUCCAGAGACAUCGCUGGUACUUGGUGUUACACGACUGACCCCCUCGUGCCACAGGACCUUUGUGACAUCAGGGACUGUGAUAUGCCAGAAGAGUGCACCUUUUUCGUCAGAGGCACCGGUCUCGGUAGACGCUUAUACGUUCUGCCAGAGCAUCGAACCGAAGGCCUGAAGUUUUCGUUGAAAGCCUGGGAGCCUGAUCAACCGGACUCGAUAACAUUUGUAUUCACUGCCGAGGAUGGUCUCAAAUCUCGUUACAUACUUAAAGUCGGAGCCGUCGAUAACGAGAAGGUUGCCUUGUACUAUGAGAGCGAGGAAGGAGACAUUAAAUUGGUCAAGGAAACGACUCUGCCUCACUUAAUCUAUCUCGGAAAAUGGAGCACUUUCAUCAUCAAAGUUCCACGGGGUCACGUCAUGCUUUACUACGAAGGGGCACCGUAUCCACUUUUCCAAUGGGAUCAUCCAGACCCUGCCCUAGCGUUCUAUCCCGUUUACUAUUACUAUACGAGCGAGCUCGGCCGUGCGAUUGGAGUGUCCUUCGAUUGCGAUACUCGCUGCCACAUAGAAAACACGAAAAUCGACAGAAUCACGAGAAUUCUGCCACUCUCGGCAUGGAGCAAGUCCGCAAUCGCAAAUCCUGAUCGACUCGUCCUCAUGGUUCGAGCCGAAGGAGUUAUCCUGAUACCGCUCCUUUUGUUCCCCGGUGCCGAAGGUUAUUACGCUGUUAGAGUAGGCGAGGCAGGAAGGUCGGUCCAAUUCGUCAAACAAACGUAUCCAAACUUGAAUACUUACCACAAGAAAAAAUCAGUUGCACCUCUUUUCGACGUCAAAACGUGGACGAACAUCACAUUGUGGUGGCGAAACAGCACCAUCGACGUUUUCAGAAACGGAACUUCCGUUUUCCACUAUCAGCACACGCAUCCCUUGUUAUUUUAUUUUUUUUCAAUAAUCGUCGAAAACGGGGGUUGGGUCACUUGGGUAGCGAAUUGUUUGCCAGCAGAUAUCGACGGUGAUCCCGUGGAUGGCGGAUGGUCGGAAUGGGGCCCCUGGGCGUGCAGCGCCAGCUGCGACGGUGGUGUUGGCAUUCGUAAACGAGUUUGCAACAAUCCUGUGCCAAAUGUAAAAGGGGAGCCUUGUUUGGGGCCGGACGCCAUGUCAGGACGGUGCAAUACAAUUUUAUGUGGUGACAUAACCGAGGAUACGGUGAAAUUUAUAAAGCGAAGAAUUCGACGAAAUCACACGAUGCUGAGUGUAAGGGAGGGUCGGCAAGUUACGAUUCCUUCGGAUCCGGAUUUGACAGCGGCGAUUAAAACCGAAUCACCCGAUUCUGAAUUCCGCUGGUCUCGCAACGGAAUCUUUUUGGAUGCUGAAACGCGGAGAAUGAAAAUAGUGGCGGACGAUAUCGUUAUCAAGAGCGCGAGAACCGACGACUCGGGGGUUUACACGCUCACUUUUCUUCGCGUCGACGGGAGGCACAUGAUCCUCAAAAUGGCGAGCCUCGUCGUUUACCCGGUGAAAACUGUCGUGACGCUUCGAGAGACUCUGCCGAUGUCUCUGAUAUGCCAUGCCGUUACCCUCGGAUAUUUGUACGCCGAUCUCAAAAUCUCGUGGAGCUUGGGGAACGCAACGUGGAAAAAUUACGGCAUAACGUUACCGAUUACCGUGAACCUCGACUCGAUCCCUGCCGUGAAUCGAUCGCACGCAGGACUCUGGAAAUGCCAUGUUGAGCAGGAAGAUUUAGGAUUUGAGUGGAUUACGAACGCCAUUUUGGUCGAAGUGAUAGGGCCGCCGAAUUGGAGAACGUAUUUGAUGGAGGACGAGUUAACGAGACCGAUUUUCGGUUGGGUGCCAAACGAGACAUUCGCCGCGGUUUUGGCCCUGGUUAUUUUCUUGCUUCUGACCGCCUGCAUAAUCGUCGUUAUCGGUUUCUGCGCAAGAUUCCGCAAAUCAGGAAAAUAUCGCGGUCCGAUCGAGCGAAAGGUGCCGAUUUCGGAACUGAAAAGAGUGCCAGUACCGAAGGAUCAAUCGAAGCGAUGGAAAUUCCGAUCGAACCGCGAGUCCAGCAAGGAAAACAUCGGAUCAUCAAAACCAGGAAAAUCCAAGUUUCGUCGAAGCGAGGAAAUCGAGGAGGAAAAACUCAUCGGAAAUAGUGAAACUGACGAGAGUCCAUGA